UUUUACUGCCAAAUUCAAAUUAAAAUGUAUAUCUGUUUUUUUUUUAUUUUAGAGUGUCAACCCUGUCCACCGCAGACAGAAAAAAAGGAACGAGGAUGCUAUCCUUGUCAGCAUGUGUACAUGAGGAAUACAGACGACCAAGACACAUCGAAACCCCCACAGCAACAAUUUCAAUUAGGUUCCCAUGUCUCAGAAGUGAACAAAACAAGGGAUGUAACACAUGAACUGGACGCGACAUCGACAUUGAUAUAUGAUAGAGUUAUAAAGGAAGAACCAGUGGAAGUUGAGAGUAUUAUAUGCAUUCCUCGCAAUGCUGCUAUUAUCGUUGGAUCACUGGCCAUACUGGUAAUCGUUGUGGCUGUUUUCAUCGUCUUCAAAUGUAGACGACAUCACCGACAACCAAAGACAUCUGAUUACAACGACGAUUCUCAAAAAGAAAAAAGUCAUAAGGUUACAAUAAUACAAAAGAACUCGCUGCUCUUUAAUAUGGAGCACAGUGAAACCAAUGUUUCAAAGACACCCAAGGCGGCUUGUAACGGUAGUGAUGACACUUCACACAAAAGAAAGCCGCUAGACCUAAAGGGCAAAACAGUGGCCACAAGACUUAUCCCAGAGGCACAAGAUAGCGGAUAUUCGACAACCCAAAGUACCGUAGCUCCCACUGCUGUUUUGAUAUCCAAAGACACUGUGUAUUCAUCUGAAAACAAUUGCAAUAACAGCCCAGCUGGAACCUCGCUUUGUUUACGAAACGGAACAUCUUCACCAACAGAACACGAUGAAGAAUCAACGCAGCUUAAAUAUUGUCCAUAAUAACCUUAGUUAAGUUAUAAUUUCUAUUUGUGGUUGGGGAAUGAAUGAUAUGUUGUUCCUAAAUAACGAGACCUAGACUGAUUGUGGCUUCCUCGUUGUAAUGUAGCAAAAACAGUGCUAAUAUUUACAGCAAUAUUUACCUAGAAAGCAAAAAUCGUCUAUAUGUUUUGAUACCAGCAGUUAGCAGUGUAGUUUAUCAUUAAUGCGACAUAUCGGCAAAAACUACGAACACACCUUAUGUAUCAGGACGGAUGGGAACGACAACGAUGACGGAAGAAAAGUGGGUAUGUUUCCAUAGUUACAUAAACAUGCAUAAGAAAGAGGGGGCAUAGAAAGCGAAACAAAUCAAAGACGGAAUUGCUUUUUCCGUCCUUUACAACUUCAUCCACAGUCGAAGAAUGGAAUUCUGUACAAGCUACCUAUCACAAAGCCUCACCACUGAAGUAGGAACGCAUUGGUGAACAUCGCAAAUGACGUCAGUCAUACUUACAAAUCGUUUAUUGGUGGAAUGAAUUCCUGAGUCUGACUUGCAUUCAUGUAUGCAUAGGUUUAAUGUGUAAAACUAGUAUGGUAAGUUGCGUGAACUUAUCGUUAUAGUUUUUACGUUGUUUUUUUUUAUCAUACAUGAAUUGUGGCCUAGUAAUUUUAAUAUAUUUUACUCAAAUCGAUACAUGAACACGUGACUCUCCAGGCGCAUUUUAACGUUCAGAAUAAACGGGUUCAAAAAUUGGCGUAUGCUUAGUCGCUUACGUUUCGAUCUGAGCACUUCCGGAAUAACUCGGACUAAAGGGACACCAACAGCCUUGUCAAAGACAGUCAGUUGAUAAAAAACAGUUUUAAUGAGUGGAGUAAGGAAGUUCGUGCAAUAUUCAUCGUAGCUGGGUGUUUCAAGUCAAUGUCAAGGCCAAUAUCCACUUUUAAAUAAUUCAUUCAAAAAAAUAACUUCCUUUAAAUGCUUUCAUUAAAAACGAGCUGUUUCAUAACUUUAACUUCUCACGGCAUAUUUUUGUUGUUGUGUUCAGAUACGUGUAUUUCCCGGUGUAUAUGUAACAUAUAUUACGCAAAACAUAGGGCCUUUAUUUUUUAAACAAAUGGCAAUUAUGUAUAUAUAUGUAUGAAGAUGAUAAUGAUGGAACGUGUUUAUAACAGACGGAUUCUCGUUUUUGUGUGUGUGUGUGUGUGUUUUUUUUUUUUUUUUUUUUACAAAAAUGCUGUAUUUACCUCAAAACUUAAUGGCUUCCGUCGGAAAAAAUAAUUGACAUUUGUGGACGUUUUAAUAAGAUAAGAAUAUGGUUGACAAUCCUUAUAUUAUUGUUAUAAUUGUUAUACAUCCUUAGAUGUAUAUACUGUAAAAACAUGAAUUUUCUUGUAUUUGUACCUUUUAUUUUUUUCAUUUUCCAUGAACUCGUUGAUAUUGAUAAUUGAUGUGUCCGCGAAAUGAUGAACAGUUUCAAUUAAUAGCAUUAGGAAUACUAGAGGAUUUUGUGAUUCCGUUUUCUUCGCGAAUUUUGAAAUCCGCGAAAUUAAGGCCUCGUGAAAAUAUCUGAUUUUACAGAAGAAUCUUAUUCAAUCUUUGAGAUUCUUAUAUCGCAUCCUCUUUUCCCUACUUGUUGCACCACUUCCAUCCUCUCUGGUUUGUAUACUUUAAAAGGGAGUCGAUUCACAUCAAGUAUUUUUUUCUGAUUAUAAGUGGUGAAUAUUGUAUAAUAUAAAAUUUUGUUGCAAAAUGAAAUAAGCUUACGCUAAGAUUAUCAAAUUAAAAUCACAUGUACAUAUGAAUUUUUAUAUCUUAUUUUCACUUUCUCAUAAAUCUUUUAUAAUGGUCAUUUUUCGCGAGAAAAGAAGACGAUAUUAUUAGAAUUUAUUUUCUUUUCCAAUCAAACAUAUCUCAUUGUCAUGUUAGAAUGUCAAAAGAAUUGGUCAGUGAGUUUUUCCAACUUAUAAGUGACCUCUCUAGGUCACUUAUCUCGAAGUGUGAGAGACUGUGGGGGAAAUUUCGUGUUAUACAAAACUUCGCAUUUGAAGUAUGGGUGGGACCGACGAAUUACUUCGAAAAAUAGUGUUUUCGUGUUACCCUACGUUGAGAUAACGAAGUUCGACUGCAGCGAGUUUUCAACCAAUAUCGGUUGUUUUUCAAAUAAGGAUAUAUGGAUUUCAGAUCUUUGAAGUAAAAAAAAAAGAUGUCUUUUACGAGAUGUGUUUAUGGUGAUCUAACAUCGUUCAUUGUUAUAUAUUGAUAAAACUUGUGUCAAGCUAAAGCAAUCUCCUGUGUAAAAUGUUUUGGUAUUAAACUAUUUUAAAACUUA